AUGGACUUCCGCUCUUCGACGGACCCGACCCCACCUCCCGACCUGUCGACCUUCUCCCUCGGCCCUUCUCCCGCCUUGCAGCCAACUCUGUUUCCGUCGACCUCAUCUACGUCACAUCUCAGCUCUCAUGACGCGCGACCCGAUCCAUCUCGCCUCUCCUCCACGAACACACCCUCGACACCGAAAGGUCGAACGAGGCGACUCUCGUCAAUAGCGACGGUACAGGGCACGCCUGUCAUUCCUAUCGAGCGAGACUUUGGAUGGGACACGCCGGCGAUCGGUACGGGGGCCGGAGGACGCGGAUCGGACGGGAGAAGGAGACUUGGCGGCGAGCGUGUGCGGAAAGCGGUUGGCGAGGAGUCGAGGCGAUACGAGGACUUUACGACGAUUGACUGGGUCGCCGACACUCUCCUCGAACGCUCAAGACGAAGAUACGAAGCGGCUACGGCGACACGAACACUAGGGCACAGUUUGAAAGCUGGGUUCUGGCGGGUUGUCGAAGCGGGACAGAGUUGGGGUGUUGUCAGUCUUGUCGGCGCUAUCAUCGGUCUCAACGCCGCGCUCAUGUCUAUCAUGACCGCCUGGUUGUCCGACCUCAAGCUCGGGUACUGCACGCAGGGAUGGUGGCUGAACCGCAAAUUCUGCUGCUGGGAGAUCGAGGAGGGGUUCUGCGAGGACUGGGUUACCUGGACGGGCUGGAGCGGUGUGCAGUGGAUCGUCUAUGUGCUUUUCGCGGGCCUCUUCGCCUUCUCCUGCGCCUUCCUCGUCCGGUCAUUCGCACCUUACGCCGCCGGCUCCGGCAUUUCCGAGAUCAAGUGCAUCCUCGCCGGCUUCAUCAUCAACGGCUACCUCUCGUUCGCGACGCUCAGCAUCAAGUCGCUCACCCUGCCUAUCGCCAUCGCCUCCGGUCUCUCUGUCGGCAAGGAAGGUCCUUCCGUCCAUGUCGCGAGCGCGAUUGGCCAUGUUGUAGCGAGCCGCUUUAGCCGGUUCAAGCGAAGUCAAGCCAAGAUGCGCGAGAUUGUCACCGCCGCGUCAGCGACAGGCGUUGCAGUAGCUUUCGGCAGCCCUAUCGGCGGCGUGCUCUUCUCGCUCGAGGAGAUGACGAUCAACUGGCCGAUCAAGACGAUGUGGCGCAGCUUCUUCUGCGCACUCGUCGCGAACGUCGUGCUGUCGGCUAUGAACCCGUUCCGGACGGGCAAGAUUGUGCUUUUUCAGGUCCGAUUCGACCGCGACUGGCACUUCUUCGAGCUCGGCUUCUUCAUCCUGAUUGGCGUCUUCGGCGGUCUCUACGGCGCUUUCGUCAUUAAGUACAACCUCCAAGUCGCCGCCUUCCGCCGCAAGCACCUCGCCAACAACGCCAUCUCGGAGGCCGUCACGCUCGCCAUCCUCACCGCCGCUGUCGGCUUCACGAAUCGCUUCCUCCGCAUUGACAUGAACGAGAUGCUCGAUGUGCUGUUCAGGGAGUGCGAGAAUGGAGGCGACUACGAGAACCUCUGCCAGACUUGGGCGCAAUGGCGGAUGGUCAAUUCGCUACUCCUCGCGACUGUCAUCCGGACUUGCCUCGUCAUCGUCUCGUACGGCUGCAAGGUCCCGGCAGGUAUCUUCGUUCCUUCGAUGGCGGUCGGCGCAACGUUCGGACGGAUGGUUGGCAUCCUCGUCAAGGCGAUGUACCGUGCACACCCGACAUGGAGCAUGUUCGCAGCUUGCGAUCCGGAGAAGCCCUGUAUCACGCCAGGGACUUACGCUUUCCUCGGAGCGGCGGCAGGUCUUGCAGGCAUUACGCGCAUCACCGUCACGGUCGUCGUCAUCAUGUUCGAGCUCACGGGCGCUUUGACCUACAUCUUGCCGACUAUGAUCGUCGUCAUGGUGACGAAAGCCGUCAGCGACCAGUUCGGCGGCGGAGGAAUCGCCGACCAAAUGAUCCGCUUCAACGGCUACCCACUCCUCGAGAACCACGACCAUGCUUUCGGCGUUCCAGUCGCAACCGUCAUGCGGAAGGAGCUGGUCUGCCUUCCAUCACGGGGCAUGAAGCUUGACGAGCUUCAGCGCCUGCUUGACAAGACAAAGUACCAAGGUUUCCCCGUCGUGAACAGCCGAAAGGACAAGACGCUCCUGGGCGACAUCUCGCGACGAGAUCUCGAGAUCGCCAUCGAGAAAGCCCAGCUCUCGCACAUUGUCGCGCCCGACGCACCCUGCCUCUUCUGCCCGCAAGACGACACCGUCUCGCAAGUCGGUUCGCCCUCGCUAGCCAACGAUGACGGAUGGGGUACUCCGCCAGACGAAUGGGACGGAGGAGAAGAAGGCGUUGUCGACUUUACUUCGUUCGUCAAUCAGACGCCGCUGACGGUCUCGCCGAAGCAACCACUCGAGUUCGUCAUGCAGCUAUUCCGCAGGAUGGGACCUCGCGUCAUCCUCGUCGAGCGGUUCGGCGAGCUCAUUGGUCUCGUAUCGGUCAAGGACUGCUUGCGGUACACGAUCGCUCACGAGGCAGGGCACGACCACGACACCGCGCACUCGUCGAACGCCGACGAGCUCGAGGCGACGCUCGAGGAGCUCCGGUUGUGGUGGCGGGAUGUGAGACGGUGGAUUGCGGAGAAGGUGACGGGGCGAACGAUCCCACCCAGUCCGGAGAUUCAGCUAGACGGUGCGGCGGUCUUUGCGAGUAGCAGCGAAGAUGCUGGCUUGAGCGACAUAGACGCGAGACGGGCUCGCGAUAGACGCUGA